AUGCAGGUGGAGAAGCAGGAGCGGCGCGUACAGCAGUCGCGCCCUCGGCAGUCGCCCCACACGCCAGAUCCCUUUGUUGUGCGGCCGUUUGCAGAUGGCGAAGACGACGGCAGCGACAGCGAGAGCCUGAGCACAUCCGUGCGGUCCACUUCCCGCGACAGCAGACCAGCACUUCCACGGCACAUGGCGCCGGCCCGCUACAUGUCCGAUACAGCGCUGCUUGCACAGAGCAGCAAAGGUGAUGGUGGACUGGCAGAGUCACACGCGUCCGGGCCCGUGCCCGGUGCACCCGACACACCAACGCCGGCCCACCCCGAUGCCGAAGAGGAGGGGCGCGGGCGCCCGCCGCCAGUCGUGGCGUGGAACGCGCCGGACGAGUCCAUCGUGACUUCGCCGUCGUCCGUAUCUGUUGCGUCCCCGCGCCGUAUUCUCGUCCAGGCCCUGGCAGAGGAACAACAGCCCGAUGUGAUCCCCGCGCCAACGCCGUUCCGCCCAACUGGCAUGCCACGCACACGCGCCGUUCCCCGACCAGCAUAUGAUCUUCGCCAGGCGUGGGGCGGCAGCGAUGACGAUGACCAACAGCACCAAGACCAACAGCAAGACCAACAGCAAGACCAACACGUGCCCACGCGUGUUGAGCGGCAGCGGCUGCUGGUGACGGCAUCAAAGACGCGUGGAGAGUACAGGCUGAUGCAAAGUGACAGCCGCGACGAUGAUGAUGAUGACGACGAUGAUGAGGAUGAGGUGCGGAGGGGUGUUGCUGGUGUCACUGUUGGAGCGCCAAUGCCCAGCAUCUGGGAGGAGGACGAGGACGAAGGGGACGAGACAGAGACAGAGGACAUGACAGCACACGUCGAGGUCGACUAUGCACAAGAUGCUGCGCACGCGUACGCGCAUCCGCAAUACAUCAUCACGGACGACAGCACCCCGCUGCAGAUUGCCGCCGCCCACGGCCAGACGGAACGCGUCGCAGAGCUCCUUGCUCAGGGUGUUGACGUGAACGAGGAAGAUGGGCACGGGCGGACAGCGGUGAUGUAUUCUGUACACUGCAAUCACAUCGACACCACCCGGCUGCUCAUCAGCCAGGGUGCUGACCUCGACCACCGCGCCCAAGACGGAGCAACAGCACUGCACCGCGCUGCGUACUGCGGCACGCGGGCAAUGGUGAUGCUGCUGCUGGAGAGCGGAUCCGAUCACCGAAUUCCGGACGAGGAAGGACGGCUGCCACUGCCUGGUUGA